AUGAAGUGUGCUAGCAUGGCGCGUAUUGGAAUCGCGCUCCUCUUACCAGUCGCACUUGCUGGUCGAGCAUGGUUUAAACAGGGUGGAAGCGAGAUCGGAGUGGCUGAAGCGCAUAUGCAUGAGUUGGUGAUAGAUCCUGAUGCCGAGUCGCCCCAGCCUGUGAAACAGGGAAUGUGGAGCAGACUCACGAGCUACUUCAAGGGCUCCUACGAGCCGGAUCCUGUCAUAAGCUUUACCGGGAAGCCCUACGACUAUACGCGCUUCUUUCGCACGUCCUGGACGGCUCUUCCCACAUCUAUGUUCCAGGGUGAUCUCCAGAUCUCCGGACCGCUCUACGGCAUCAUCAAGCUGCUGGAAGAAAGAGAGCUGCCAAUUUCUUGUCCUACACUCUGGGCAGACAAUGGCUUCCAUGUCCUCCUCUCCGUUACCCAACCCCCGCAAAAGAUCUCUUCCGCCGUUGCCAACGCGGCGAUGGCAGUGCUAACCUUUGGCCAGCUGCCGUCGCUCUUAUCACAAGUUUUGGGACCCAGCACUGAACAUGCCAAGCAUGCAGCGGACCUGGACUCCGUCCAUGUCACACUGGAGCAGGCCGACGCUCUUCACUUGGUGGAACAAGAGGCAGUUGAAGAGCAAGGUGCCAAUGCCACGAGAACCAAAUUCCAGCAGAUUCUGCACAAGUUCCACCAGACGAAGUUGUUGGUCCAGAGAGUGAUGGUCGAGAAGCGAAUCGUGAGACUGACACUUGGGCCAAAACGACCCGACUUGUAUUACAAUCUGGAGAUGAGUUGUGCAAGGGUCUCGGAGAACGGGAGGGCCUUGGUUCACUUCACGAAUUCCAGGGGAGAGAAGCUGCCGGUGACAACGCUGCAUUUGGCGGUUUAUAUCCUUGCUGUGGCUUGA